UGUCCCCUCCCCCGUGCCGGGGUCCCCCCGGUGUCGCCCCCCGUGUCCCCCCCAUGGAGAACUUCCAGAAGGUGGAGAAGAUCGGCGAGGGCACCUACGGCGUGGUCUACAAGGCGCGCAACAAGGUGACGGGGGAGGUGGUGGCACUCAAGAAGAUCCGCCUGGACACGGAGACCGAGGGUGUCCCCAGCACGGCCAUCAGGGAGAUCUCGCUGCUCAAGGAGCUCAACCACCCCAACAUCGUCAAGCUCCUGGAUGUCAUCCACCCGGAGAACAAGCUGUACCUGGUGUUCGAGUUCCUGCACCAGGACCUGAAGAAGUUCAUGGACUCCUCGUCGCUCAGCGGGAUCGCGCUGCCGCUCAUCAAGAGCUACCUGUUCCAGCUGCUGCAGGGGCUGGCCUUCUGCCACGCUCACCGCGUGCUGCACCGCGACCUGAAGCCGCAGAAUUUGCUCAUCAACGCCGAGGGCUCCAUCAAGCUGGCGGAUUUCGGGCUGGCCCGGGCGUUUGGGGUGCCCGUCAGGACCUACACCCACGAGGUGGGGGGGUUUUGGG